ACUUAAAUUAAUAUCAAUACACUCGACCGUGACCAGACUCGUCGGACCACGUCUGCAUAUCAGGGGAAAACCACAGUAUUUACUAGUCAUACUCGUGUCCGCCUUGAGAGUUAUCUUAGUCGUGCUCCUGGCGUUUGACUUCCACGACAAACAUACAGUCUACUUUGAUCAUGGCUUCCCCAAUUCCUGCUGGGUUUCGUGCCUUGCCACUGUCAGCCAUACAGCUCUCUUUAGCAGCUGUUUUGAAAUGCGGCCAGUCAUUUCGUUGGACAUGUUACCCCCUAACCUCGUCCCCUGGUACAGAAUCAUCUCCUACUCACGAGUACCGUCUGUGCCUAAGGGACCGUGUAGUAUGCUUAAGACAGUCUUCCGACUAUCUUUUCUAUCGCUCUGUUUUUCCGGGAGAGCGUCUCUCUGCAGAACGGGAGAGAGUUGGCGAUGAAGAAACGUUGAUUUGGCUCAAGGACUAUUUUCAGCUCGACGUCGACUUGGUAAAACUUUACGACCAGUGGAGUGACCGAGAUCAAGUCUUCAAUAAACUUAAAUCUCGCUUUUCUGGAAUCCGGAUGUUGAGACAAGAUCCUUGGGAGAACCUGGUAUCUUUCAUUUGCUCUUCUAAUAAUAACAUACCCCGGAUCACCAAGAUGGUGCACGCUCUUUGCAAACAGUACUCUCCUUCCCUGAUUUCCUUGCCACCUCCCGAGCUCAGUGAAAGUGACUCCCAAGGUCAUGCGGCGUAUCACCCCUUUCCCCCGCCCUCUCUCCUUACCGCUCCUGGAGUCAAGUCCACUCUUCGGGGUUUGGGCUUUGGCUACCGUGCUGAUUAUAUUCAGCGCACUGCGAAAAUGCUCGUGGACACUCACGGUUCUUCGGUGUCCAACUCGGAGUCACGAGAGAACUGCGAGGAGUGGUUGACCGGAUUGAGAGACAUGAGCACCGAAGCUGCUCGUGAAGAACUUCUAAAGUUCGUCGGCGUAGGACGCAAGGUAGCAGACUGUAUUCUUCUCAUGAGCUUGGACAAAAAAGAAGUAAUUCCAGUGGAUACUCACGUUUACCAGAUUGCCAUCAAGCAUUACGGGCUGCGUGCCGUAGGCGGCUCCAAAGGAAAAGGUGUCAUGACCCCUCGAAUCUAUGAUGAGGUGGCCACUAAGCUUGCCGACAUUUGGGGUGAAUAUGCCGGUUGGGCCCACUCUGGCUGUAGCCGCUGUAGCCGCUAUAGUGCUACUGUCAUUGCUGCCACACAUGAUGACCCGAGUUGGCUCGAGGAUGACUCGGAUGACCUGAGUUCGGUUGAGGAGGAAGAUACAAGUUCACCCACCAGCAGGCAAGUGAAGAGAAGGAGACGGAGUUUUGAUCAAUAGAUGUUUUCUAAAUCUGAGAUGGCACUCAUGAGUGAUAUAUAUUGGAUCUAUGCUCCUGUGGGGUUCAUAUUGCUCUCUUAGUAGCGUUGACCGUCCUAAUGGCAUCUAUUCAAGUUACAGUAAGCUAUACUGCGUUAGUGUGCACUAGGUCUGGAUGCCAACCACGCCACCUGACCUAUUCACAUCUGUCUGUUUCUUGUGAAGAGUCUCAUUGCAUGGCGCGAUAGGCACGUAUAUAGUACAAUGUCCAGACUCCAAUGUAUACAUGCAAACACUAAACGAAGCUGAGCACGAGAUGUUGGAGAGGUCUGACACCCACUACACCAUACAAAUAAGAUGCGUGCGUUCAUAAUCCUAUCCGAAGUACUCUUCGCAUUACCGAAUCGCCAUCGUUCUUCCUGAAUAAUGGCAGAACGGGCACUGUCUAAAA